AUUCAUUCAUGACCCCCGGAUCGGUGACGUAGGAGAUUCCUCGGUGCCCACUGCCGUAGGCAAUAACGGCAUGCUGGAGUAUAAAUGGGACACUGGUAGCCAUCAACCGGCACACUCUCAGUCGCUCCGAUCCGACUCGGGAACCAGCGCAUCAGCGGAGAUAGCAGGCUUUAAUUUAACAACCUAUCUAGGCUAACUCGCUUUUGGGCUUUUGGUUCAGGAUGGACACCUCUUCGAUUUCUCGGAGCCGACGAUGCUCCAUCAUGCGCAACUGCAAAAGCGGUCUCUCCCUCUGGUUAGUGGUGUGGCUGGUCCUCGGCAAGCCAAGUCCGGCUUCGGCGUGCCCGCACUUGUGCGUGUGCUACCCGACGCCCAUGACUGUGAGCUGCCAGGCGCAGAACUUCACCACCGUGCCGGUCGGAGUGCCCUAUGAGUCGCAGCGUGUAUUCCUCCAGAACAACCGCAUCACGGAGCUCAGAGUUGGCUCUUUUGGCUUCGGGACUCAGGUCCUGUGGCUGUUCUCUAACAACAUCACGUGGAUUGAGGCAGGGGCCUUCAGUGAACUGAGGGACUUGGAGGAGUUGGACUUGGGGGACAACCACAACCUCCACAGGCUGGAGGGGGGAGCCUUCCGCGGCCUAGAGAAACUCCAGAGCCUCCAUAUGCACCGCUGCAAACUCACUGCCCUGCCUCAUGACCUCUUCCACAAGCUUUACAGCCUGCAGUUCCUCUACCUGCAGGAGAAUAAUCUUCACUUCCUGCAGGACGACAUCUUCUCUGACCUCAUCAACCUGAGCCAGCUUUUCCUGCACGGCAACCGCAUCCGCACCCUCUCGGAGAACGUGUUCCGCGGCCUCGUCAACCUCGACCGCCUCCUCCUCCACGACAACCGCGUCAGGCAGGUGAACCGCCGCGCCUUCCGCGACCUCGGCCGCCUGACGAUGCUCUUCCUCUUCAACAACUCCCUGGCCGAGCUGCCCAGCCAGACCCUGAGGGACACCCAGGGCAUCGAGUUCCUCCGCCUCAACGCCAACCCCUGGUCCUGCGGCUGCGAGGCCCGCGGCCUGUGGGAGUGGUUCCGCGAGGCCCGCGUGUCUUCGUCCGAAGUGAUCUGCGCCUCCCCUUCCGCCCGCCGCAACCAGGACCUCCGCUUCCUUCGCGAGAUGGACUUCGCACUCUGCCCCCUGCCCGACCCCGGCUCCAUCGCAGGCUCCACCACCACCACCUUCAGCACCAAGACCCGCUGGUGGUUCCACAAGAACAAGCCCCAAUCGUCCACGAAAGGCCUGUUUGAGAAAUCCUCGGAGACGGUCAAAGCUGGUUUGUACGGUAAAGGCCCAUCCACAACCACCUCAGUGGUCAAGUACGAGCUGGGGGAGGAAGAGCUGGCGCUGCCCAAACUCGACGCAGAAGAGUACUGGGAAAACUACGGCAAUGAGGACUCUGGUGUCACCCUGCGAUGCGUAGAGCUCGAGUGUCCGCCUGAGUUCGACAUGCCUCCAUCUUCCUCCUCUCCCUCGUCCUCCUCACCCUCUUUCCUCACACUACUGGCCCUAACUGUUUCCAGCCUCUGCCUCAACCUCCACCUGCUAUUCGGCUGAAUGUGACUCUUAGCACCACAUCCCUUCGCCUUCUAGCCUGUUUUAAAGGCUGCGAGGACACCUGUUAGACUCUACACCCCCUUUGCCCGCUUUGCUGUUAGCCAAAUCCUCAAGGCACAGCGAGGGAGAUAGGGGGACGGUUAGAUUCUGAAUCUACCACCUACAGGGCUUAACACUUUUCACAUACAUCUAUAAUACUCUACAGGUAUGGCUUUCUGUGUCUCACCUGUAUGGUGUCACGUUAUGAUUCCCUGCAAUCAGGGCAACGAGGGCUGAGUCCAUCACUUAAUAUCAGUGCAAUUUGAUAGCAGUUGUGAAUGCUGUUGUCAAUUUUGUCACCUUGACUUAGUUAUAACUACUAUUGCUAUUAGUGCAUCCAAUUAUUUGGUUGCCACUAAGAUUACUGUUAGAAACAGUGCACAGUAAUGACAAUACUGUAACCACUUAAAGUGUUAUGUAAAUAGGUACGUAUUUUUGUGAUAUUUGAUAUCUGUGGUCCAAUUUCAUCUUCAUCUAGGAGAGAAGGCUAGUGCUUCUACAGGACAGAGCACAGUGAGUUCACUGGGAGACAGAGAGGAGAAGACAAUAUACUGUGAAGCUGGGGAGGGUAGGGAAAACAAAGAGAGAGAGGAGAGAGAGGGAAAUGCAGGGACGUCAGCGAAGAAGGAAAGACGGAGAGGAAAAUUACAGGGAGAAGAACGGGAGGGGUUGUUCUACGAAACAGGAUUAGAAAGAGCGAGAGAGAAAGGGAGGGAGGAGGUGGACAGGGUUCACGCAGCAAUAAGAAAAGAGGCAGCGAGAAUACAGCGGGACACUGUGAGAAGACGGUGCUGGCGGUAGAAGCAAAAGUAAUAAAUCCACUAGUCAUUCCAUUCAUCCGAAUCACACCGUUUUCUGUAAACGUGGUGUCGUUUUCGACAACCACAGGGAAAGAAUGCUUCCUGUCAGGAAGCCAGAGAUAUUUGGUUUGUGGAUGUCUUUCUGUGACAUAUUGAUAUACUGUGUAAAGAUUGUUGAUUUUGAUGCUGAUGAAGAUCUUGAUAAAAAAAUGUAUACCGAA